AUGACAAGAAAUAGCUUCGCAUCUUCGUCUAACUCAGUUGUGGAGACGGAAGGCAGUAAGUGCUGCGUAGAGCGCAAGCCCAGGGCACAGCACCAGGUGACUUGGGCAGAGGUGCAAGAAUACUUGAGAACGCGGUUCACGACACUCGUUCCUACAAGGCAAAAACUGCGGGAGGCCAGGAGCAAGUACGCGCUAAACCCUUUCCCCGCGCUGAGACAUAUGAACGCGCGGCAAACGCAAUUCUUCAUAGUCGGGUUUCUGGCUUGGACAUGGGACGCGUUGGAUUUCUUCGCGGUGUCGCUGAACAUGUCCGCGAUCGCCAAGGACCUCGACAAAUCGAUCAAGGACAUGUCGAAUGCAAUAACGCUGGUGCUGCUGCUGCGCGUGAUUGGCGCUGUCAUUUUUGGAUACCUGGGCGACCGGUAUGGCAGAAAGUUGCCGUACUGCAUUUCCAUGUUUCUCAUAAUAGUCGUGCAAAUCGGAACUGGCUUUGUCAAGACUUUUCCCGCGUUUUUGGGCUGCCGGGCUAUUUUCGGUAUUGUAAUGGGGUCCAUUUUCGGUGUGGCAAGCGCUACCGCGCUCGAAAAUGCGCCCGAAGAGUCGCGUUCCAUCUUAUCCGGCAUAUUCCAGGAAGGCUACGCGCUGGGCUAUCUGCUGGGUGUCAUAUUCAAGAGGGCAAUAGUCGACAACUCGCCCCACGGCUGGAGGUCGUUCUUCUGGUUCAGCGCGGGUCCUCCUGCGCUUUUCAUCGUAUGGAGGCUGCUGUUGCCAGAGUCUGAGGUCUACACGAGGCGCAUGAAUGAGUCCAAGAGGGUCGCUCAGGAACAGGAAAAGACCAAUUCUUCGCAGUUCUGGCAGAAUGUGAAAGUCGCGCUCAUCCAGCACUGGAUGACGCUAGUAUACCUUGUGAUUUUAAUGGCCAUGUUCAACUUCUCCUCCCACGGGUCUCAGGAUUUGUUCCCCACGAUGCUAACGAACCAAUAUAAUUACUCCGAUGACGCGUCCACAGUUACCAAUUCGGUGGCUAACAUCGGCGCGCUAGUCGGAGGUAUCUUGGUGGCACAUGUGUCCUCCUUCAUCGGGCGCAGGUGCGCCAUCGUCAUAUGUUGCAUCGGCGGUGGUGCGUUGCUAUACCCCUGGGGCUUCGUAUCCAAUCCGAAAGGCCUGAACCCAGCUGUUUUCUUCCUGCAAUUCUUUGUACAAGGUGCUUGGGGAGUCGUGCCAAUUCACUUGACCGAGCUGUCACCUGUUGAGUUUCGCGCUUUUGUCACUGGUGUGGCAUAUCAAAUGGGUAACAUGAUAAGCAGCGCAUCAUCGACUAUUGAAGCCACUAUCGGCGAGCGGUUCCCCAUUGAUGGGAAAGAAGGGGUCUACGACUACGGUAAGGUCAUGUGUAUAUUUAUGGGCUGUGUGUUUGCGGGGUUACUGAUAACGACAGUAUUGGGUCCAGAAAACAAAGGUGGGGAGCUCUUGAUUGACGAGCGGGUCUUGGACACUCGGGGCGCCCUCAAUAAUGUUGGGGACUUCGACUUGGAACAUGCUGACACAUUUUCGUUACCAAAGCCUAGCGUUGAGCAAAUUGCUGACGUUGAAAGAAAUAGUGAGAACAGCGACCGGGCGCCGAAAUAA